AUGAAGCAAAUCCCCUUCACGGUGCCUGCCCAUGGGUCGUCCCCACGCCGGAUAGACCGGGGGUCUUCGGAAGAGGCUUUAUCGUCUGGUGGGCGUAUGUCGGAACCCUCCUCCCCCGGAGGUAAACGUCCGUCUGUGGAAAUUCCAGGUGCCUACGCUCUCGGUAGUAUAGACCCGAGCCUGUAUAAAAUUGUGGACGAGGACGACGAUUACGAGAUUCCAUCAGAACACAUAGGGAGAGUAUGGUUUGCGGUCGAGUAUGAGAGAGAAACAGAAAAACUGCUGGUGACCUUGAUCAAAUCCAAAAACCUUCCAACGCGACAGUACGGCAACAAUAGCAGCUGUGAUCCUUUCGUUAGAAUAUAUUUGAUGCCAGACGAGAGACGCUAUCUCCAAUCAAAAUUUAAAAAGAAGACAUGUAACCCGAAGUAUGAGGAAAGCUACGUGUUUCAAGUUUCCACCAGAUCUCUGCAGGAUAGAGUAUUAAAAUUUACAGUUUACGAUGUAGAUCGGCAUAAACGGCACAACAUCAUUGGACAUGCACUGUACCCCCUCAAGGAGCACGACGGAGAAAGUAACGAGCGGCUUGUGAUAUGGCGAGACUUGGAACGAGAGGUCACAGAGACCGUGACCAACAAGGGUGAGCUUCUCGUAUCCUUAUCCUACAACAACCAUUUGGAGAGACUAACGGUUGGAGUGUUCGAGGGACGUGCACUGAAAGCGGAAGGAACAAGUGAUUUCUUCGUGAAAGUGUGUUUACACGUGCAGAAUCGUGUGGUCAAAUCGAAGAAAACGGAAGUGAUAAAAAAGUCAGACUGUCCUAAUUUUAGUGAAUCCUUUACCUUCAAACUGCCCGUUGCCAAUCUGGACGCAGCAAGUCUAAAUAUAACGGCCAUACAGCACAUCAGUGGGCACAAAGACAAGGUCCUCGGUCGGGUGAUUCUUGGAUCGUUUAUGUUUUCGCGCGGUAAGGAACUCGAUCACUGGAAUGAGAUGGUAGCCAAUCAAAAGGACCAGAUAACACAAUGGCACGCCCUCGUGUGAAAAGGGGCGGAGCAUCACUUACGAUUAGCAACAAUUCUUACAUGGAAAAUGGAAGCUGUAUCAACCCAUUGACGAUGAUAAUGAUCUGAUCACGUUUGAAAAAUUGUGGAAUCACACUGAAUAUUUACAGGGGCAGGCAAUAUGGAUGCAACCGUUCUUAGACUGAGAAACGGAUUAUCAAACACGUUUAUAUUAGCAGUCCAAUGGACCGAAUACCUUUGCUGUGUCACUUUGUGAUAUACCUAACGGAAUGAACUGGACUGUGAAACAUGCACCAACUAAUUUGUUUCUCUAUGAUCAUUAUGAUUUUGUUAUAUACCAGUUAGCCUUCCCUUCAAGGAUCAUAAUCAUGUCAUUCCCUAAACGUGUUAUCUUCUUUCCAUCAACAGAAACGCAUACAUCAGACACCAUGAUCACAUAGUCACGUGAUAUCGGGAGAUGAUAGGACAAAAUCAAAACAGUGAUACCUGAAGACAUGGCAAACAUCCUCCUGAUAUCCAACUAUACCCACAUAUGUCCGUACAUUGGUAUGUUAUGACAUAUAGCUUUCUUAUCCAAGCUUUUAUUCUCUGGACUCCAUUGUCAACAUUUCGUUCCGGUGAUUUGGAAGACUGAUUUUUCAACGUUUAAGUUACAUUGUAUCAUGAAAACACUACUGUGCUAAUAUUUCGGUUGUUUCAUACACAUGUUUGUUAAUAUGCAGGGUUUUUUCAUAACAAACACAAGUAUAAACAUGUGCUAUGUAUUACCAAGAUUUUGGGGGAUUUUACGGUAUACACCGACAAAAUCUUUGUGCACUUUCAUAAAACCGAAAAAGCGGUUUAUUAACAAAAAGACUAAUUUUAUGAAUCUAUUUACCGCAAAACUCACUUUCGUAACACUUUUGGUGUUGUCGGGGUUUUUUUGUUACACGUUAUAGCCUAAAGUUUGUCAUUGAGAAAAAAGUCAUAAUUGAAUUAUAUGUUUGUGUAUAUAACGGGACUAAGAAGAACACAAUUCAGCCACAAAUGUGUAGUGAAUCUGACGACGACAUCAAUAUGGAUUAAAUUGUACAAGAUCAGCAAUGUGUAACCAACAGGAACGCUUGAUUUAUUUAAACACUUGUGGUCAGUGGAAUCAUUCACUCAAUGUACUGUUUCCGCACAAACACCAGCUAUCAGAAAGCAUAGGAUUUUCGGAUUUAUUUAACUUAUGUUACGAUAAAAUACAGUAUGAUUGUGUUUCCAGCAUGAAAUGUGUUCAGUGAAAGCAAUGCUUAAGGUAACUCCCCAAGAACUAUCGAAUGCUUUCAUAUAAACUUGGGUCCAUAAAUAUGUAGCUACAUAUAAUCAGAUAACUAUCAUCUGUACGUGUACCCUGUCUAUUUAGCUCGCUGGAAUAAUGAAACGGAUGUAAUACAUGGUAGUAUAUGUAUAAAUUGACUCUACAUGUCCAGGUUAGGUAAAUCAUUAUCAGGUUACCAACGUGUCAUAAAGCGUUCGUAAGCUGUAUACCCGUUUAAAUGCAUUACAAUUAAAUAUACAUGUCAGCAAUGCUAUAAAAUACAGUAACAGCAGGAACUCAUCUUUAACACAAGCACAUAUAAUUCUCAGUAUAAACUAUAUAUUUAAUUGUGUAUUUUUCCAUUCGUGAAAUAUGAUAAUUAUACUGUAGAGGUAUGUUG